CUACAGAGAGAAAGAGAGAGAGGGGCAGGGCAAUCAAGGUUUUAGCAAGAAGGAGAGGCCAGGAUUGCUUACAAAUCUAAAACGAGGCUACCCAAACAAAACCCUUAUCCUAACUUUUCUAUCCUUUUGCAAGAAACUUUCUCUCUAGAUUUUCCUUCGCUUUCUCUUCCUUUCUUCACAUCAUAACCUUUAUUUCAACAUUCUUGCUAAUAUCGCCAAUGGCUUCUCAAAUCGGUAUCUGAAAUCAAUCUUUUUAGUUUAACACACACACACACACACACAGAGAUGGCGCCAAGGUCUGGGAGAGGCAAGUCAAAUAAAGCUAAGGCAGAGAAGAAAAAGAAGGAAGAAAAAGUUGUAGUGCCUAGUCUUCUUGACAUCACUGUGAUAACUCCAUAUGAUAUACAAGUGAUCCUCAGGGGUAUAUCCACUGACAGGAUACUUGAUGUGAAGAAGCUAUUGGCUGUGAAUAUAGAAACAUGUCACCUUACAAAUUAUUCUUUAUCUCAUGAAGUUAAAGGACAGAGAUUGAGCGACAAAGUGGAGAUUGUUACUUUAAAGCCUUGUUUGCUCAGAAUGGUUGAAGAGGACUACACAGAGGAAGCCCAAUCCGUAGCUCACGUCCGGAGGCUUCUGGACAUCGUGGCCUGCACCACCAGAUUCGCCAAGCCCAAGCGACCAUCACCGUCAACGCCGGCAUCAGAAUCUAAAUCCCAAAAAGCUAACAUCAAUUCUAUUGGAAAUGGGCACCAUACAUCAACAUCGCCGUCAGGGGCAGCGUCUGUUUCUAUGGCGUUAUCGGGCGGUAUGGACAUGGCAGCGAUUCACCCGACGCCAAAGCUCUCGGAUUUUUAUGAAUUCUUCUCUUUCUCUCACCUCACUCCUCCCAUCCUUAAUCUGAGGAGAUGUAACAGUAAGGAUGGAGAGCAGAGGCGCCAAGGUGACUAUUUUGAAAUUCAGAUUAAAAUCUGCAAUGGGAAGCUAAUACAUGUGGUUGCAUCAGCAAAGGGAUUUUAUACUGUGGGAAAGCAAUUUUCUCAGAGUCACUCCCUGGUGGAUCUGUUGCAGAACCUGAGCCGAGCUUUUGCCAAAGCAUAUGAUUCCCUUAUGAAGGCUUUCGUAGAACAUAAUAAGUUUGGUAAUCUUCCCUACGGAUUUCGGGAAAAUACAUGGCUUGUUCCUCCAAUUGUGGGCGAGUCUCCGUCAAACUUCCCAUCCCUACCUGCAGAAGAAGAAAGUUGGGGUGGCAAUGGUGGAGGACAAGGAAGAAAUGGUGAAUAUGAUCUUCGGCCAUGGGCCACUGAGUUUGAAACACUGGCUAAGCUACCAUGCAAGACUGAGGAGGAGAGAGUGACACGAGACCGAAAGGCCUUUUUGCUUCACAGCCAAUUCGUUGAUGUUGCAAUUUUUAAAGCUGCUGCAGCAAUUCGCCAGCUCAUUGAUUCUGACAUAAAUAUAAAAGAAACAUUAAAUUGGAAUUCAGGCUCAAUUCCUUCUGAAGAUCGUGUGGGAGACUUGUCCAUUGUUGUAAAACGUGAUGUGGCUGAUGCAAGCAUGAAGUCUAGGGAAAAAGUUGAUGGCCAUAGCUUUUCUAGUAUCUCUGCCAAGGAAGCUGCUCAAAGGAAUUUGCUUAAAGGGGUAACUGCAGAUGAGAGUGUAGUUGUUCAUGAUACUUCAUCACUGGGUAUUGUCAUUGUCAGACACUGUGGGUACACUGCAACAGUAAGAGUUGUUGGUGAAGUGAAGAAGAGAAACUGUGAGGCUCAAGAUAUUGAAAUUAAUGAUCAACCGGAUGGAGGGUCUAAUGCUCUUAACAUUAACAGCUUAAGGGUUUUGCUUUAUAAGUCUUGCGUCAAGGAAUCAUCUGGAGGUCAGUCACCUCACUGCCGAUUUGAUGAUUCAGAAGCAUCUAGGUGUCUUGUUCGAAAGUUAAUUAAAGAGAGUUUGACCAAGUUGGAGGAGAUGCCAGGCGCCUUUGAAAGAUCCAUUAGAUGGGAAUUGGGUUCAUGUUGGUUGCAACAUCUGCAAAAGCAGGAGACUCCAACAGAUGCUAAUUCUAAACACUCAGAGGAGGAUACUGAGACUGAACAUGCUGUAAAAGGUCUUGGAAAGGAAUUUAAGUUCUUGAAGAAGAGGGACAAAACGACUUGUAUGAAUGGAACCCUUGAGAAGGAAGAAACUAAAAAUGGCUCUUGCAGGCUAAGUGUUGGAACUGACGAAGGACAGCAUAGCAAUGGAGAGUCCAGCAGUGAGAAUGAGUGGAAGAAAUUGAUUUCUGAGGAAGCCUUCUCCCGACUCAAAGAAACUGGAACUGGCCUUCAUUUAAAGUCAGUGGAUGAGCUUAUUCAAAUGGCAUAUGGAUACUAUGAUGAAAUUGCUUUGCCAAAGCUGGUUACUGACUUUGGCUCACUAGAACUUUCCCCUGUUGAUGGACGUACACUGACUGACUUCAUGCAUUUAAGGGGACUACAGAUGCGCUCUUUGGGGCGGGUGGUUGAACUGGCAGAGAAGCUUCCUCACAUACAAUCACUUUGCAUCCAUGAGAUGGUUACUAGAGCUUUCAAGCACAUAGUGAAAGCAGUUAUUGCAUCUGUGGAUAAUGUAGCAGACCUAUCUCUGGCCAUAGCUUCAUCCCUAAAUUUCUUACUUGGAUCAUGCGAAAUGGAAGAUAAUGACCAAGAUAUGAAGGAUGAUUAUGCUCUCAAAUUGCAUUGGUUACAAACAUUCCUUUCUAGAAGAUUUGGGUGGACCUUAAAAGAUGAGUUCCUGCACUUGAGAAAGUUAUCAAUUCUUUGUGGACUUUGCCAUAAGGUGGGAUUGGAGUUAGUUCCAAGAGAUUAUGAUAUGGAAUGUCCAAACCCUUUCAGAAAAUUUGACAUCAUCAGCAUUGUUCCUGUGUGUAAGCAUGUAGGAUGUUCUUCAGCGGAUGGACGAAAUUUGUUGGAGUCAUCCAAGAUUUCACUUGAUAAAGGAAAACUGGAGGAUGCUGUUAAUUAUGGAACAAAGGCACUAGCAAAGAUGAUAGCUGUAUGUGGUCCCUGUCAUCGAACUACUGCAAGUGCUUAUAGUCUUCUAGCUGUAGUUCUUUACCACACUGGAGACUUUAAUCAGGCAACUAUAUAUCAGCAAAAAGCUUUGGAUAUUAAUGAGAGGGAACUUGGGCUUGACCAUCCAGAUACAAUGAAAAGCUAUGGGGAUCUUUCUGUGUUUUAUUAUCGUCUUCAACAUAUUGAGUUGGCUUUGAAAUAUGUGAACCGUGCUUUGUUCCUCCUUCAUUUUACCUGUGGACUGUCUCAUCCUAAUACCGCUGCAACAUACAUCAAUGUGGCUAUGAUGGAAGAGGGUAUGGGAAAUGUUCAUGUUGCUCUUAGAUUUCUGCAUGAAGCUCUAAAGUGCAACCAGAGAUUAUUAGGAGUGGAUCACAUACAGACAGCUGCAAGUUACCAUGCAAUAGCCAUAGCUCUGUCAUUGAUGGAAGCAUAUUCACUCAGUGUUCAGCAUGAGCAAACUACACUAAAGAUACUUCAAGCAAAACUUGGACCAGAGGAUCUUCGUACGCAGGAUGCUGCUGCAUGGCUUGAAUAUUUUGAAUCAAAGGCUCUAGAGCAGCAGGAAGCAGCACGGAAUGGAACUCCAAAGCCAGAUGCAUCCAUUGCAAGCAAAGGUCAUCUUAGUGUAUCAGAUCUCUUGGAUUACAUUAAUCCUGAUCAAGAUUCUAAAGGAAGCGAUGCACAGAAGAAACAGCGGCGUGUGAAGGUAUUGCAAAUCAGUGAUAAAGCUCCUCAGGGCGAUCAAGAUGAAAUCGUUGAAGAUGCCAUGCUCCAUGAAAGAUUGGAAAAUGCAGCGCCUUUGGCCAGUGGCAACAAAGAAGAGAUAAAGGUGGACGUAGUUCAAUGUGAAGAAUCAGAAGAAAAAGAUGAUGUUGCUUUAUACAGGCCCAUGGUUGCAGUUGAAGUUGUUGAAGAAGCAGCAUCAGAUGAAGGUUGGCAGGAAGCCAAUCCAAAAGGGAAGUUGGGGAAUGCUGGUGGCAAGAAAUCAGGUCGUAGGCGGCCUGCUCUUGCAAAGCUAAAUGUAAAUGGUUAUGAAUACUCAAAUAUCAGAGAAAGCAACUAUAGGAGGGAAAUCAUUUCACCAUCUAAAAAAACUAUUCCCAGGACCAUUACAACAGAGUUAUCAGUAGCAAAGCAAUCAAAUGCACGUGGGUUGAGUGUUGUGGAGGAUUUAGUUAAACUGCAAGCAAAAUCUAGCGUGCCUAAAACAUCGUCUUCUCCAGCAAACCUCUCUGCUAUGGCUUCUAAAUCUGUAUCUUACAAAGAAGUGGCCGUUGCACCACCUGGUACAGUUUUGAAGCUGCCAUUAAUGGAGCCAGUAGAAGAAUCAAAUGAGAAAAAACCUGAAACCCAGACAUGCUGCAUUCCACAAGAGACGUCGGCGGAGGAAAUCAAUACUGUCUCUGUUGUUGAUAAUGUACCAGAUGAUGGUGAACCAGAUGAACAUCAUGAUAAUGGAACUCAAUCAGAAAAAUCUAGAUCUGAACUUGAUGAGAUUCCUGCUUCUGAUCAGGAAAAGUCAGAUGAAACAAAUGGAAGUAAGCUUUCAGCUGCAGCUGAACCAUUCAAUCCAGGACCGCUCUCCAUAGUUCACAAACUAAACUCGGUUUCCCCCACAAGUAUUUAUGAUGUAAGGGCUAGUCAAAGCAUGCUUGCAGAACCAGUGGCACCUCCACUUGCUGCCAGAGUUCCUUGCGGACCUAGAUCACCACUGUUCUAUAGAAAUACAAGAUCAUACCGCAUGAAACAAGGUUUGCUGAAAUAUCAAACUCCCCUGACAAUGCCUUCUAGGAGCAUGAAUCCACAUGCACCUGAGUUUGUACCCAGGAAAGCUUGGCAACCAAAUCUUGGAAAUGAGUCGAACUCUAUGCUAGUAAAGAACAAGGCAGAAGUGGAGAUAUUAGAUGAAGAAUCCAGCAAGGGAAUCAUAGAUGGUAGUCCAAGAAAGAACAACUCUGAGUCUGAGAAUGCAGAACUUGCAAGGCAGAUACUUCUUAGCUUUAUUGUGAAGUCAGUUCAGCAUAAUGUUGAUACUGGAAGUGAGCCAGUACCUGAGAAAAAGUUUGAAAGUUCUUCAGAUGCAAUUGCCAAUGACAGUGCAAUUAUAGAAAUCCUCUAUGGAAAUGAAGGAAAGACGGACCAGGUUACUCAGUCGAAUGAUCAUGAGCAGUCAAAAGCUGUAGAUGUAAAUAAUAAGAAAAAUGGUGAUAGUGAAGGUUUUACUGUCGUAACAAAGCGGAGAAGAAGCAGGCAGUUUGCAAAUGGGGUGAGUAGGUUGUACAAUCAACAAUCAAUCUGCGCAUCUGUUCGUUAAAGAUAGAGAAAAUAGAAAAAAAAGAAAAGAAAAGAAGCAGAUAAGUAAAAGAAACACUGGAGAAAGUGCUGUUCUUGUAAUCAGACAAAGCUCUUCGCAUCACCUUUGAACACAGUAGAAAUGAUUGAAGGAAAAUGUAGAAGUGAAGUUCUUAUCAUAAUCUGCAUUUUUUUAUUGGUUUUUUGUUCCAACUCGAUACAUUCUAAUAAUCCCUGUAAAAAUCUCAAAUAUUCUCUUGUUUAGAGAUUUUGUUUGAUCAAUAAAAGGCUAAUUUCCGAGU